AUGAGAUUACGUAAUAAAUUUGUCACAAUAGAACUAAAAAAUGGUACGGUGGUGAUGGGUUAUGUUAGCAGUGUUGAUCUAGCAAUGAAUUUCCAUUUAAACCGUGUUUCAAUGACGUUAAAAAGUGAGAAACCUGCUUCUGUGGAUGCAGUUUCAAUUAGAGGAAAUAACAUACGAUACAUAAUUUUUCCAAACGAUUUGAAUUUGGAUGCACUGAUGAUUGAUAUUCCACAACGAACAAAAAGAACACGUAAAACCUCGGGCCAAGCACAUAGUCAGGGUGUCGCAGUUCGCGGUGGACGCGAUCGAAAUUCGGGAAGAGGUGGACCAUGUGGUCGACAUUCUGCGAGAGGUGGUGGGCGUGGUGGCGCUAAAUCAUGGAAUAAGCGAUAA